UGCCGAGCAGCCCGGGUGCGGGGUGCUGAGCGCCCACCGGGGAGAGAGGUGUCGGGGGGAGCCGUCCGGCAGGUGACAGCGCAGGGGGGACGAUGCCGGUGAGAGCGGCCAGGAUGGGGGACACCAGUAGCACCAAGCUGGGCUGGCCGUGAGGCAGUGGGGGUCCGGAGGAAGAGGAUGGCGGGGGGGGGGGGGGGUGAAGGUAGCCCCCCCCUCCCAAAAUAGCCCCCGCCCCAUCGGACCAUCACCAUGGCGACGAAUUUUAACGACAUAAUUAAGCAAGGCUACGUGAAGAUGAAGAGCAAGAAGCUGGGGAUCUACCGGAGGUGCUGGUUGGUUUUCCGGAAAUCCUCCAGUAAAGGACCCCAGCGCCUGGAGAAGUACCCAGAUGAGAAGUCAGCGUGUCUGCAUGGCUGCCCCAAGGUGACUGAGAUCAGCAAUGUCAAGUGUGUCACCCGUUUGCCCAAGGAGACCAAGCGACAGGCCGUGGCCAUUGUGUUUACUGACGACUCUGCCCGCACCUUCACCUGUGACUCAGAACUGGAGGCAGAGGAGUGGUACAAGACGCUGUCUGUGGAGUGCCUCGGAGCCUGCCCCAACAAUUUAGGCCUGGGGGAGCCCGACCUGCUGGCACCCGGUGUGCAGAGAGAGCAGACAGACCGGUUUAACGUGUUCCUUCUCCCCUGCCCCAACCUGGACAUUUAUGGCGAGUGCAAGCUGCAGAUCACCCACGAAAACAUCUACCUCUGGGACACACACAACCCCCAUGUGAAGCUGCUCUCCUGGCCCCUCUGCUCCCUGCGCCGCUAUGGGCGCGAUGCCACCCGCUUCACCUUUGAGGCUGGACGGAUGUGUGAUGCAGGUGAAGGGCUCUACACCUUUCAGACACAGGAGGGUGAGCAAAUCUACCAGCGCGUGCACAGCGCCACGUUGGCCAUCGCUGAGCAGCACAAGAGGGUUCUGCUGGAGAUGGAGAAUGUCAGGCUGCUGAACAAGGGCAUCGAGCACUUCUCCUACCCCUGUACUCCCACCACCAUGCUGCCCCGCAGCGCCUACUGGCACCACAUCACAGGCUCCCAGAACGUGGCCGAGUCCUCCAGCUAUCCCAGUGAGUGUCCUUGCCCUCCACUGAGGAGCCCUCGGGGUGUCCCCUCUGCCCCCAGGAACCCACCCUCUGCUUCAUCCCCAGGGGAGGUGUACGCCGGCGUGCAGCCCAGCUCGGACACCGACCUCUUCAACAGGUUCAUCUUGCUUCAGCCAAAGUCCUCCAAAAGGGAUGAGCCUGAGAGCAGGGAGCCCACAGUGUCCCCGUGAGCUGGCCACGGGAGGGACUCUGCUGGGGGUCACCGUUUUCAUCCCCAAAGGGGGGCAAGGACACGAAGCUGUCUCUUGGAGACCCCAGGGAGAUGGGGCUGGUGCAUCCUCUGUGCCCGGAGCUCUUCGGGAGCAGGCACCAUCUCAUGCCCUGGCCCCACAUUUUGGGAGGUGAAGGCUGGCUCUGCAUUGACUGACCUGGAAUAUUAUAUUGAGUAUCUAUUAUAAGAGAUUUUUGCCUUCUCCCACAAAUGCAAACCUCGUGGCUGCUGAAGAGCCCUCGGGCAGAGAUGCUCAGAGUGGGUUUUUUGUUUGUUUUUAUUUUUACUCCUGGCGAUCCAGCUGAGAGGUGGAGAAGAGAAGGGGGGAGAUGAAAUUGGAAGGUGUUUUCUGCAAAGGAGGGGAGGCUGGAGUAUCACCCUGCAGAACAUGGAGCAGUUCUCGGGGAAGUGGCUGUGCCAGGCUUGAAGGUGCAGGGCCCUGGCAUGUCACCCCCUCUGUGCAGAGCAGGGUGCUCCUGGGGAUUCCCCCCUGGCAGCUGAUUUUUGCACUUCUCGAAGCUGUUUAAACACUCGCUGUGGAACUGAGACGUCUCAGGAGAAAUUGUUCCCCUUUUGGAGGGCAUCAGCUGGGGCGAGUGGCCAGGCAGGGCUGAGCCCCUCCCUCCUUUACCCCCCCUGCCACCCCUCGGUCCUCCACCUGCAGCCACCAGUUUAUCUGUUGGUGGGCAACUCAGACACUGGUUUUGGCCAGUGGUGUCCAUCCCUCAAGGCUGUGUGGAUGUCAGAAUCCCUGGGCAGGGGAGCCCGUGCUGGUGGGGAAAAGCCCCAGAUGUCCCCAUCCUCACUGCACUGAGGCCAGGGAGGAGCUGGGCUUCAUGUGCUGAACUCGAAAGCAAUUGAUUUUUUUCUAGUUCUCCUAUUUAUUGACCUCCUUUAGAAGGGCUAUCUUUUUAUUGCCACUCAGACUUGGUGUUUCUUUGGAGUCUUCUUUUGGUUGGGGUUGGGCAGUCGGUGGGUUUAUUUCUGCCCUCCAGGCCUGUGCUUUGGGGACAGGGAGUGUCGUGAUGUGGGGACCUGUGGACUGUAAAUAAUACUGUGUCUUGGAUUUGUGUAGCUUGUGGCUGAGCCAGGGGAGCUGCUGGGGAGGCGGGGAGGGGGUGGGAGAGGUAAGGGCUGUUCCCCACAGCAUGGACAGGCAUGGAGGGGAAGCCAGCACCCCAGUGCCACCCAGCAGCAUCUCCUCCCCCAGGUGAGAGGUGUAACCCACACUUUCCAGGCUAUGCAGCUCAUCUGGAAAAUAUUUAACAUCUGUUACCAAAAAUGUUUGGGGUUUUUUUGCUUUUUUUUAAGGAGCUGCUCAAUGAAUAAACAACCCUUAUCC